GUGCUAACCGCACUCGUCUCUCGGCUCUCAACUCCUCAUGUACUAUGUAACCCUAGUAUAUUCGACAGUUAAAAUAAUUUAACAGUUAAAAUAAUAAUGCAAAUUUAACCGUGUUGUGAUAAUUGGUUGUGAAUAGUGAAAUUGAAAACAAAGAUGACGUCGGACACAAUGAAAGAAAAACCAAACGUGGAAAAGACGCAAGAAAACGGCAAUGACUUAAUAAAGAACAACGUUUUAAAUAGCUUUAGAAAAAGAAAAGUUAGUUUAGAGAAACCUGACAAAGACGAGAAGCAUGUCAGCCUCAAAGGGUUGACGAUGCUACAGAAGAUCAAACAAAUGUGUUGUAUGAUCACCGUCGAGCCGAUCUUAGCGUGCUACGUUAUGCCCUCAGUUCUCUCGGCACUGGCCACUCAAAAUUUAUACUUAGAAAAGGCGUGUAGAGUUAAUUUAAAAUUUGACCACCGAAUUUGUGAUGCACUAACGAGACGAGAGACUUCUAACUAUACUCUAGAAGAGGAGGCGGUCCAAACGCUUGUAGCUUCUGUGGCCGGAUGGAAAACAGUAUUACAAUCGUUCCUACCUUGUUUUGUUCUAAUAUUCCUAGGAGCUUACAGCGAUAGAAUCGGACAGAGGAAGUUCUGUAUGCUGAUCCCUAUAAUCGGGGAGUUCUUAACCAGCGUAGGACUCAUAGUCAAUACCUAUUUCUUUUACGAACUGCCCGUGGAAGUGGCAGCGGUCACCGAAGCAAUAUUCCCAGCGUUGACGGGCGGUUGGUUCACAAUGUUCAUGGGUGUGUUCAGCUACAUUGCUGAUGUCACCACAGAGGAACAACGAACGCUGCGAAUAGGAAUUGUGAAUCUCUUUUAUUCCUUGGGCGUGCCAGUAGGAGCGGCGCUUAGUGGGAUCCUAGUUAAUCAGAUUGGUCUUUACGGAGUAUUCUCAAUAAGUGCGACGCUGUAUAUCAUGAGCUUCCUUUACGGCUACUACAGAAUACACGAAGUGAGAAAACCAGAUCCCUGUGCGAAAAAGACGACCAAUUGUUGCGAAUGGCUCCGCGAUUUCUUCGACAUACAGUACGUGAAGGAGACCAUGAUGGUAGCAUUCAAGGAUGGUCCGAACAAACGUCGCUUGAGGGUCAUCAUGCUUGUUAUCGUACUGUGUGUCGUCAUUGGACCUAUUUAUGGUGAGAUGUCGGUGAUGUACCUGUUCACGCGGUACAGGUUCAACUGGAACGAGGUGGACUUCAGCAUGUUCUCCACUUACGCCAUGUGCACUUCCCUCUUGGGCACAUUGUUUUCAGUGGGCGUGUUUAGCCACCUGCUCAAAUACGACGAUGCUAUCAUCGGUGUCAUUUCCUGCAUGAGCAAGAUAUUGGCAGGGUUCAUGUACGCCUUCGCUACUAAGACCUGGCAUAUUUAUAUUGCUCCGUUGAUAGAGAUAUUCAACGGCACGUCCUUCAUUGCUAUGAGGUCGAUGGUAUCGAAGCUUGUAGGAAGAGACGAAUUAGGUAAAGUGAAUUCGUUCUUCGGUUUAGCAGAAGCCAUGAUGCCCCUUGUCUACGCUCCUAUGUACACGUCUGUGUAUUCGGCUACCAUCAAGACAUUCCCUGGAGCAUUCUUCCUACUUGGUGGAGGCCUGACCGUGCCGGCUGUACUUAUAUUCUUGUGGCUAUAUUUAGCGAAUAAAAAGCAUAAUACGGCAAUACAAGAAAAGGCUAUUACAGAAAAAAAUUUAGAAUCAAGUGAAAAAGGGGAGAAGAAAACUGGAUUAGACAAUAAGGCUUUCGAGAGUGACGAUUUACCAAUCGUCAAAAAUGGAACAGAUAAAGUAAAAGAUGAAAUUGGCCUCAAAGAUACUAAUACUAGCAAUUUAUAAUUUACUAAAGCUCUGUAAAUAUAAUUUUAGACGAUUAACCUUAAAGAGAGAAAUUUUGAAAACGGCCUUAGUCUAUCUUUCUCUUUCACUCGAAAAUUUUUGUUCAAUUCAAUUGAACGUUAUAUUGUUUCAACACUCUAAGAACAAAAUAGCAGUGUUUUCAUGUGAGAGUUAGAGCGUUCGAUUUUUUCAAAAUUUCUCUCUAUGCGGCGACCGCACUAAGUAUAUGCACUAUACAUAUUAUAAUUUUGAAGAAUGAUAAAAAACCGAAUUUAUUCUUACAUAAUACUUACCAACAUAAUUACUUUAACAAGUAUGUAACUUUUAAAAAUUCUAAGCUAUUUCCAGAAUAUCUUAAACUGUGAUAUUACACAUAGU